AGUCUGGCUAACCACUAAAAGCUAUUGAAAGGUUGACAAUUACAUCUCUGGAUUGGAGACAGUGUGUUUUCAUGUCUUUGUUGAACUUCUUGUUUUAGUCUGCUUAUUCAACCAAUUAAUUAACUACAUGACUUCUGAUACAUAUUGGUUUUUGUGACCAAAUCAAUGGGUAGGAGUUUCUUGAAGGAGCAUCAUAAGUUAAAAAGCUACCAUAAGAUAUGGCAAUGAAGAGGAAGUUUGAUGUUCUGAUGGAGGACCAAGACUGCAGCAGAAAAGCCCUGGAUGAUGACUGUUGUGGUGUAUGUCCUCCAUGCAGCUGUUGCCCAAAUGUGACAUGUUGUUGCCCACCUUGCUGUCCAGUACCCAAUUGCUGUCCAUGCCCCACACCCAAGCCAUGUUGCAUCUAUCCUCCAUGUGACCCAAAGCCCCCAGAAUGCCCUGGCACAUGCCCUACCCCAGUAGCCUGUCCUUGCAAGGGGUGUGUCUACCCUGACCCACCACCACCUUGUCCUGCACCCACUCCUCCAGUCUGUCCAAUCCCACCAUGUGGAUGCAUUCCUUAUAUUAAACCAAGACCCUGCUGCUGCAUGCCACCAUGUUGCAUCCCAGAGCCAUGUGCACCACCCAGGCCACCAGCAUUGUGCAAACCUCCUAAAUAUUGUGAUGACCUUGAGCCAGAUGCACAAGUUGAAUCUAAACUAUUUGAUUGUGAAAGCUUGGGACAACUGGAAACUUUUCUGGACAGAACCAUUACUGCAGAAGAUCAGGAGGCAGCUUUCAUGGUGUCUGUGUUUGCAAUGUUUUCAACUGGCAACCUGGCUUUUGUUUAUGCUGGCUGUCUUCUGUCAUCAAGAAUUGUGCUGACCUAUUCUCAAUGGCUGACUGAAAGCAAUUAUGGAUCAUCAAGCACUUUCAAUGGUGCCCUUAUCAAAGCUGGGUUACAAUCAAGUGCAAGUUCAGGAGACAAACAAGAGCGAACUGGCAACCUGGCUUUUGUUUAUGCUGGCUGUCUUCUGUCAUCAAGAAUUGUGCUGACCUAUUCUCAAUGGCUGACUGAAAGCAAUUAUGGAUCAUCAAGCACUUUCAAUGGUGCCCUUAUCAAAGCUGGGUUACAAUCAAGUGCAAGUUCAGGAGACAAACAAGAGCGCUCUGCUCCAAAAAUUGGCAUCAGUCUUUUCCAGGGCAAAGUCACAGAAAAGGAAACUGAUGUCAACACAUUCUUCAGAAAUAAUCUGGCUUUAGUCACUGUCUCAGAUGCUUUCAUCAUUGGAACAACUGUGAGGACCAUAAGAGUGUCUACAGGAAUUGGUCCUGAUUUUGCAGGCCAGGAUAUUUUUGGCUUGUUCACUACCACCACAACAGAAGAUGAAGGCAAGAGUCCUCCUGUGCUGCAUAAAGUGAAUGCCACUGUCCAUGGAUCCAAGUGUCCAUCAUCAAUCCAGAAUUAUGGAGGUACAUUGAACACAUCUUUAGCUUCAUGCAUUUCAGUGACUUCAAACAGUGAUUCCUGCAUCCAGCCUCAACCUGGUUCUGCAGUUGUGAUCCUUGGUGCAGAUGGCUUUUUGUACUUGGCUGGACUGACAAGAAUCAUUUCUUACCCUCCUCCAACCCAGCAAAUAAUUUUACCAUUGCAACCUGUGUUGCAACUCCAUUGGCAAGCCGUUUUGACCCAAAUGUUGGGCUAA